AUGGUACCAAAAAUCGUUCGAGUUUCUAUGCUUUUAGUGGGAGCUGUUCUUAUUUUUAUUACUGGUGUUCUUAUUGGUUCAACUUUGUUCGGAACAAAAAAAGAAAUAUAUGUUAUAUACGGUUCGCUAUCAACAACUAGAAAAUUAAACCAAAAUUUACAAACGAUCGACAAAGAAGAUUUUAAAUCGUUUUCUUUUGCAUAUAAUAAAACUCAUCUUUGGUCCAUGCGCCUUGCUGAUGACCAACAUUAUCGUAUAGCUCGUCUUUUGCCAUGCCGCACUGUUGAAUAUACCAACGGCCCGAACCGUGAAAAAAUGAAUUCUUGUGAUCAAUCAAUUAUAAAUGAAUUCUCAGUAGAAGCAACACUACAUGCACAACAAUGGCUUUAUGAAUAUCAGCAUCCAGUCGAUUGUACCAAUAAAAAAUUUGCUAGAAUACAUUCGUUUGCUGGGUCUGGUUUUGGUUCAACUAUACACCAAAUUGUAUGGGCAUUCGGUAGAGCAUUAGCUGAAGAUAGAAUUGCCAUUUAUGAAACACCAGGAAAUUGGUUACAUGGUAAUUGUAAUUUGGGCACACCUGAUUGUGUCUUUCGUCCAAUUAGUAACUGUUCUAUUCCUUCUACAGUUGAUAAUAACCGAACAAUUCGUAUUCAAGCUAAUAAUGAUCAUUGGUUCGAUCCUAUACAUCCACCUGUUUUUCAAAAUCGAUCUUUCAAUUGGUAUCGUUCACAAUUGUUAUUCUAUUUAAUGCGAUAUAAUCCUGAAACAUUAACUCAUGUACAACGCACAUUAGCAAAAUAUUUUAAUCCAUCUUCAGUUGAUCUACAUCGUCCAUAUAUUGCUGUUUAUGUACGUCGAUCGGAUAAAGUAAGUGGUCGAGAAAUGUCACAAUCUUAUCCUCUUCAACAAUAUUUUGAUUUAUUCGAUGCUGAUGCUCGUCAAGCUAAAAUAAAAAAUGUUUAUAUUAAUUCAGAAGAUCGAAACAUAUUUACUGAAUUUGAUGAAAUAAACAAAAAUAAAAAAGGAUAUUACAAAUUAUUAAGUAUUAAUGUUACAAGAGAUGUUACUUUUCCGACAUUAAUCAGUAUGCCAGUGGAACAGCGCACUAAAAUUAUAUUAGAAUUUCUGACUGAUCUUUAUAUUGAAGCUAAUGCCGAUCUACAUGUUGGAACACUUACAUCAAAUUGGUGUCGAUUGGUUGAUGAAAUGAGAUUUGUACUAGGUAAAACGAUAACAUACUAUACACCUGAAAAUAGAUAUAUAAUAGAUGUAUAA